CGAGAGGGUCGCUGAAUUAACCCUUUAGGGAAAAUUCUCCGAGUUUUCAUGAACUCCGCUAUUUAUGGAGGAAAACAUGAAGACGAUAAAACAUGACUUGCUUCCUUCCAAACAACAACCACUGUUUUUCAACUCUACAUAUCUACCGCUGUACAUGCAGCCACAAAUAAGAGUGCAAAGUAUGGUAGAGAUGAAAGCCCAGACGAAAAAAAAGAGAAGAACUCCGAUGUCCUGCAUCAGGUGCCGUCAGAAGAAGAUAAAAUGUGAUCGCACAAAGCCCAUCUGCUUACGAUGUAUUAACUCUAACACCAAAUGCGAAUAUGAUUCACCAUUGCUUUGGUCAGAUACGUCGGAGAUAAACUUGAAACGGGGAAAGAACAAUGCCAUUACCUUUGUUUCCUCCCUAGACUAUCCAAGUAAGAAAUCCGAAAGCACAUCAAUCCCUCGGUUAAAUGUGACUCAGAAUGUUUUGACCUUCGACAAAGCUGAAACUACUGAGGAUCCGAAUAACUUUACACUGGCAGCCACUGAAUGGUCGCAGCAAAUGCCACCCCCUCUAUCACUUCCAACUCCUACAUCUCUCAAUGAAAAUAUGAUAAAAGAGGGUCCCGUAUCUGAAAGCGCAUUAGUCAGUAAACUUACAGAGAGGGAAUACUUGAAAAAGCGCUUGUUGGAGCUUGAGAAGGACAUCACAAAAGCUUCCGACUGCUUUUCGAUGGUGAUAGGUGAUAAUAAUGAGAACCUAACUGUUUUCAGAAGCAAGCGUGAUUCACGAUUCAUGUGCUUGGGCACUUUUGUUAAUACUAGUGUUUGGAAACGUGAUCCAUUGAUGUGUAAUUUUUUCAAAAAGUUUUUUUCUAAGAAGAAAAACUCUAAAUACCAUGCCACAUCCAUUAAAAGAAAUAACAUUGUUCAGAAAUACUGUUCAGACUCUAGCAAAAACUGUCCAUCAUUCAAACUCUUUGAAUUUUUAAAUACGCAAUUGACAACCAAAAAGCAAGAAGCAAAAUUUUUGGAUAAGCCGAAGUUCAUUCAACAGAUUGAGCAGAUACUUCCACCCUGCGAUGUAAUACAAUUUCACAUCGAACAUUUCAUGAAAUACCUAUACCCGUUCAUACCGGUCGUCGAUGAGCACAUUUUUCGAAUGAAUAUCUCCAAAAUUUUACAGUAUCCCACUCUGAGUGAUGUGCCAGAAAAUUCGACUGGUGUCAAGGUCUGCAUAAAUUCAAAGUCAGAUGGUCUGAGGAUUUCGAUUCUCCUUUUGAUGAUGCGUCUCUCAUAUCUUUCAGUUUUUCUUGAAAUUGAAUUGACGAAUCGAAAUCCUUCAUUUCCUGAGCAACGUAUUCUAGCUUACCCCAUUGGACCUGCUAUUGUGUCUCUAAUUCAAUAUGCAUUGCAAAAUACUAAUUUUUUAAGAAAGACGUCCGCUGAAACCUUGCAGUUGCUCCUAUUGUAUAGGUUUUACCAAGUCCGAACAUGCGAAGAUGGUGAUGGGUUCAUGGGAUCUGAUGGCACCGUAAUGACAGGUUUGAUAGUUGCAACCGCUAAGGCUGUAGGGCUUGAUCAGCAUUUUGAUGAAAACAUAUUCACACAAGGCACUCCUGCAGAAGAGAAGUACAACCAUCUCCCCAAAAAUAAGCUAGCCAAGAUGGAAGAAAAUGGUAUACUAGACCAAAAUAAGUUUCUUCCUCCUGAGCUUCAAAUGAACUUGUUGACUCGAGGCCCUAGAGUAUUCAAUCAACUGUGGAAGAAACUGUGGUGGGCAUCCCUACAGAGCGAUUUGAAUCACUCCAUGAUUUAUGGAUCGGCUCCCCAAUUUGAUCACGAUCCUGAAAAAAACAGAACAGUUCUCAUGCGUGAACCACCAGCUAUACCAGUUAUUGGAAAUGUUACACAGCUUCAAACGUAG